AUGGGCGCUUGGGCCCUGCUGCUGCCACUGCUCAUGGCCACGGCUCAGGCCCAGGUCUGCUCUGUGAACAACAACUUUUUCGAAGUCCAGGAGAACACGAAUCAGAGCGGGCCCCUGGCUGACAUCUACGUCCCCAAGGGCCAGCAGGUGACCCUCGGGCCGUCGUCCACCCCCUACGCGUUCUGGAUCCAGGGGACUCAGCUGUUUCUCAAUGUGACUCCUGACUAUGAGGAGAACACGAUGCUGCAGGCGCAACUGGAAUGCAGAAGUGGCGACACCGUGGUGACCCAGCUGAGAGUGCUGGUGUCCGUGCUGGACAUCAAUGACAACGCGCCCGAGUUCCCCUUUAAAAUCAAGGUGAAGAAAAUACCUGAGGACACUAAAGUGAAUACCACUGUCAUCCCUGAGACGGAACUGGAGGCCCGGGAUCUCGACAAGGAUGACAUCUUGUUCUAUACCCUCCAGGAAGUGACCCCGGGCGCCAGUAACUUCUUCUCCUUGGUGGGUACCAACCUCCCUGCCCUGCGGCUGGACCAGCCACUGGACUUCUACUCAUGGCAGAACAUUACCUUCCGGCUGCUGGUGCGGGACACACAGGAGGAGAAUGCAGAGCCCAGCCACACGGCCACAGCCACCUUGGAACUGAAGGUGCAGCCUGCUGACCUUCGCCCCCCCUGGUUCCUGCCCUGUGGCUAUUCAGACCCUUACAUCUGCAUCAACGCUGAGUACCACGGGGCUGUCCCCCUGGGGCACAAACUGCCAGCCCCCCUCGUCCUACGUCCUGGGCCCAUCCACGCCGUGGACGGGGAUCAGGGCAUCAACCAGCGCAUCCUCUACAGCAUUAUGCAGGGACAAGAUGGCACGUUUGCCAUCGAUGCUGACUCGGGCAACCUUACCAUGACCAGAAGCGUCCCCAGCCCAAAGACCUUCACUCUGCUGGUCAAGGGUGAACAGGCAGACCGUGCCCGCUACUCGGUGACCUGGGUCAGGAUCGAGGCCCGAAAUGCCACUGGGAGCCUACCCUACUUCCCCAAGAGCCAGUACCGGGGCCGGGUGGCGCGCGGCUCUGGAGCAGGCGUGGAGGUCAAAGACACAACCGCCCCCUCCCUGCCUCUGAGGAUCUGGGCCCAGGACCCUGACUUUCCGGACCUCAACUCUGCCAUCACGUAUCGCAUCACCAAUAACACCAACUUCCGGAUGGAUGGCGAGACUGUGCUGACCGCUGCCCUGCUGGCCGAUGAGGGGGUCUUCUAUGCAGAGGUCGAGGCCAAUAACACAGUGACCACAGGCACAGCAACCACUGUGGUGGAAAUACAGGUGCUGGAGUGGGAGGAGCCCCCGCCCACAGGUCCCUCCGGUCCCCCAGAGACCCCCACAUCCCCAGAGGCUGGAGGAACAACCAGGCCCUCAAGCAGCACCACUUUGGAAGCCCCCAGACCCCCAGGGCCCUCUCAGGGACCCUCUACGACCAGCCCUGGGGGGGGCACUGGCCCACAUCUCCCCUCAAGCACAACUCUGAGGCCACUUGCCUCAUCUACGCCCGGGGGGCCCCCCAGUGUGGGAACCAGCACCUUCCUCCCAUCAGCCUCACCCAGCGGGGGCUCAACACAGACGCUAAAGCCAGGAACCUCUCAGCCGAUGAUGCCCCCUGGGCCCAGCAGGACCCCACAGACCUCAGGGCCACCCCAAACUGGAGGAGGCAGCACUCCGGGGAAUGGCGAGCCAGGGAUCAGCCAAGUUGAGGACAGGCGCUUCUCUGUCGUGGACAUGGCGGCCCUGGGCGGGGUGCUGGGCGCGCUGCUUCUUCUGGCUCUGAUUGCCCUCCUUAUCCUCAUCCACAAGCACUACGGCCAACCGCUCAAGUGUUGCUCCGGAAAAGCUCCGGAUCGCCAGCCCCUCCGCUUUGACAACCAGGCCUUUGUUGCCCCCCAAGAGGACAACUGGGCGCCAGCUCCCCGCUCCUCACCUGGCCCCACCCGGGCUGCGGCCCCGGAGCCCCCGGAGCCCCCGGAGCCCCCGGAGCCUGCGCUCCCAGAGCCCCCCAGCGCCGCGGCCCCGCGCCCUGCCUCAGAGUCCCCCGAGGUGGCCCGCGAUGGAGGCGGCCCAGCGGCUGUGAGGUCCAUCCUGACCAAAGAACGGCGGCCCGAGGGCGGCUACAAGGCCGUGUGGUUCGGGGAGGACAUUGGGGCUGAGGCCGACGUGGUGGUCCUCAACACGCCCGCCUCAGACGCGGCCCGCGCCGCCGACUCUGGCAGCGAGGUAAGCAGCGACGAGGACGCGGACGCGGAUGCUGACGACGACGCGCCGGACGCCGGCUCCACCUACGUCUAGUUCGGCUCCCCGCCUCCCCCGCGGGCCGGCCCUGAGGUCGGCCGGGGCCGCUCGCCCCCACGCCACGGCGCACAAUAAAGCGACAAU